AUGUCUUUGUUCGAUGAAAAUCUCGUUACUUCAAUUAAUAACGCGACUAUUCAACUUAAUCGUUACUUACCAUUAUUGAUAUAUAUAUUUGGCAUUAUCGGAAAUCUAUUGAAUAUGAUUGUUUUACCAAGACCAGCUCUUCGUUCAAAUUCAUGUGUUCUUCUAUUUCUUUGUUCAUCAUUCGCAAGUCUCAUUGCUAUUAUUUCUGGUUUAACUACGCGACUUUCAGCUGGUUGGGCUAUUGAUUUAUCUGAAACUAUUGGAUGGCUUUGCAAAAUUCGCAUUUUGGUUUUAUUUGUAUUAAGAACAAUGUUUGUUUGGCUUCUUGUAUUUGCUGCUAUUGAUAGAUGGCUUUCAGCCAGUAUUCACAAUCACAGACGUAAUUUAAGUACAUUAAAAAAUGCUCGACGAUCUAUUAUAAUUGUGACACUUUUCUCAUUAGUACUCAAUGGUCCACUACUUUAUUGUUACGAAGCUAACUUGAUUGGUACGCCAGCUAAAUGUUUUGGAUAUUCAACAGAAUGUCGUCUAUACACUGAUCUAUCUUUUACAAUUGGUAUUAUUGUUAUUCCAUCAUUACUUAUGACAUUAUUUGGUUUCUUAACAAUUAACAAUAUACAUCAAUUAAAAAAAUGUGUCAAUACAAGAAAUAGUUCAAUAACAAAUCCAAAUAUGUCAAUCAAUUUGCAUGUGCAACAACAAAAGAAGAGAACAAAUCGAAGUCUAUUUAAAAUGCUAUGUGUACAAGUUCUUUUUCUCAUAUUAUGUAGUGCUCCAUAUGUAAUAUAUAGACUUUAUAUUACAUUUGCAUCUACUACAUCGUCAAAAUCUGAAUUACAGAAAGCUAUUGAAGGUUUAUUGUUCAAUUUAUGCACGAAUCUUACUUAUUUAUCCACUGCAAUGCCAUUCUACAUUUAUACAUUAUUUGGUGGAACAAUGUUUCGCAAUGAACUUUUACAUGUAGCAAAGUCUAUUUAUCGAAAGUGUCGAUGUUUGUAA